AAAUCUGCCGCAUAGAGAGGCAGAGCAUCUGGUUUGUUUAUUUCUUCCGAAGGUUCCGAGUAAUGGGUCAAUAAACAAAGCAAAUUGGGUUUUAAAAAAUCACCUCAACAAUUUCUCAACAUUAAAUUUAACGAGCUAAACCUAAAAAAACAGUCUAGUCUGUGAGUAGGAGGAAAAGUCUAUUUUCCAGCUAAUCAAUUACUCUCCAGAACAAAAACACUACUCGUUUGACAAAAAGGGUUUGCGAGAGAAAAAAAGGCAAAAAAGCCGGCAUGUGGUGUGGUAUGCUAUGGCCCAAUUUAAAUACAAAAAGCAAGUAUUUUUCUAGCUUCAAAUUUCAAUUUUUUUUCCUUUAUUUUUAAAGAAAAAUCGAUGGUCCGGUCUGGUCUGGUCUGGCAGCAGGACAAGAGAGAGAGAGUGAUGUUCACGCCUCCGCAUUUGUCAAUAAAAGUCCUCAUUCCUCUCAGCAGCAAACAAUCAAGCACCUUCGUCAUCAUCAUCACUGCCGAAUCUUUUUUUUUUUUUUUUAACUAAUAAAACUACGUUUCCCAGUAAUUGCAGGCUGCGGACAGGUUAUCGGAAAAACCCCAACUCCACGAAAUCGCUUCUGCUUUCAUCUCACCGGAUCUGCACCGGUGUGAACUGAACUCUCUGUGAAAGGGUGAAUUUUGGAUUAAUGGAUUGGGAGCAGCAGCGCCGGAAAAGGAAGCGUUUUGGCAGGUCCAGCUCCCACGUCCACUUCUUUACUCGGAGAUCUCUGUUUCUUUGCCUUUCCUUUUUCGCUUUCCUCUUGUUUCUCUCCUCGAGUAGGUGGUUCUCCAUUGCCGCCGCAUCGUUCCGCCCAGUUCUCGAUGCCUCCUCCACCACGCUCUCCCGCUUGUCCACCUCUGUCAGCAAGUCCACACUUGACAAUUCUCUCAGCAGCAAGUACUCGCCUCUCAGAAUUGAAAGUCGUGUCCUCUUUCCCGACCACUUGCUUUUGAUUGUCACCGGCGAACUCCGCCGAGAUGACAAAUUAGAUUGCUCAUACGGCAAAUCAGUCUCUAGAAGUUUCAACCAAGAGAUUCUCAAACAGUCAGUUCUAUCCACGGAUAGGUACGAUGAAUUCCGAUCGAUUGCUAGAUGUCCACUACCGCCACGGAAUUACUCGGCCUCCGCCGUUGACUUGAGAAGGGGCAGCGAGGGAGUUGAUGAUCAUUGGUUGGUCAGGAACAGACAGCCAAUUGCGUCGUGGGAGAGGCUGGUUUAUGAGGCAGCUAUUGACGGCGAUACGGUGAUAGUGUUUGCCAAGGGACUAAAUCUCCGACCACACAAGGAAUCGAAUCCGACGGAAUUCAACUGCCACUUUAAACUGGGAAAUUCCAAAGAUAAUGGAGAAUACGUGCUUACCACAAAAGCAGUAACUGCAGCUCAAGAAAUUAUCAGGUGCCCCUUACCGGCUGGUGUGGUGAGCAGUUUAGACAAGGAAAAGGGAAUUCGAGUUACUGUUAGCCGCGGCAGCGUCAAUACUAAAACCCAUCUUCAGGUGACUCUGCCCUCGGUGGCCAGACUCUUCAACUCCAAGCUGAAUAAGCUGCAAAGAAAACAGGAAAAACAUGAGCUUUGUGUGUGCACAAUGGUGUGGAACCAAGCGGCUGCACUUCGUGAAUGGAUUAUGUACCAUGCCUGGCUUGGAGUCGGGCGCUGGUUCAUCUACGACAACAAUAGUGAUGAUGGCAUUGAAGAAGUCAUUCAAGAGCUCAACCUGGAAGACUACAAUAUCAGUAGGCUGACCUGGCCAUGGAUUAAAACCCAAGAAGCAGGUUUCUCACACUGUGCUUUGAGAGCUAGAGAUGAAUGUAAGUGGGUUGGUUUCUUUGAUGUUGACGAGUUUUUCUACUUCCCUUCAAAGUAUCGCCACCAGCGAGAAUACCUAACUGCUGGCCGCAAUGCCCUUCAUUCUCUCAUUGCCGAUUCAUCUUCUUCAACUUCCAAUUCAACAACCAUUGCAGAGAUUCGAACUGCAUGCCACAGCUUCGGACCAUCGGGUCUAACAUCACAUCCACCACAGGGAGUAACAAUGGGGUACACUUGCCGGCUCCAGAGUCCCGAGAGACACAAAUCGUUCAUCCGGCCAGACUUGCUUGACAUGACACUUCUCAAUGUCGUUCACCACUUUCAACUGAAACAAGGAUUUGGGUUCUUUGACGUAUCAAAAAGCAAUGCCGUGAUAAACCAUUACAAAUACCAAGCGUGGGAAACUUUUCGAGCAAAAUUUUUCAGAAGAGUAGCUACCUACGUUGUCGAUUGGCAUGAGGCACAGAAUGAAGGGUCGAAGGAUAGAGCACCCGGGCUUGGGACAGAGGCUAUUGAACCAUCCAAUUGGAGGUUGCAGUUCUGUGAAGUUUGGGACACUGGACUAAGAGAUUUUAUCCAAAUUUUGUUCUCUGAUCCUUUGACAGGGUUCCUACCAUGGGAGAAAGCUUCUACUUAACAACUCUUGGCAGCCAGCCUGCAGCUUAGUGACCUGUACACAGUAAUCAUACGGCAAGCAACUGAUUUUUUCUACAAAAAGAAUGUUUAUCUGAUUUUUUUUUUUUUAAUUUUUACUCCAUGGACAUGCUACGGUUUAGUUACAGGUUUUUUACUCACAUCUCAUAUUUUGGAAUGAAAUUCUUUCUGAUUCAUACUUCAAA